AUGGGGGUGAAGCGGAGCCUUCAGAGCGGGGGCACCAUGCUGGGCUUCUUGGCCAACUCCUUCAUCAUUCUGUCCACUGCCUCCAACUACUGGAUCCGCUACUCCGGGGGCCACAGUGGCCUUUGGCAGGAGUGUAACAAGGGCGUCUGCUCCAACAUCCCCUGCGAUAACACGCUGGCGGUGACCGGGGCGUGCAUCGUGCUGGCGGCGGGCUGCGGCAUCAUGGGCUUGGUGAUGGGGCUGCGGCUUCUGUGCAGUGAGGGCUACUCCCGGGGUCAGACCACGUGUGCCGUCUUCCUUAUCUCGGGCCUGCUUCUGCUGAUCGCCCUGACAGUCUACACAGUGAAGAAUGCAUGGAAAGACGACGUCUUCUAUUCCUGGUCCUAUUUUUUUGGGUGGCUGGCUUUACCCUUCUCUAUUAUCGCGGGCUUCUGCUUUCUGCUGGCGGACAUGAUCAUGCAGAGCACGGAUGCCAUCAGUGGUUUCCCCGUGUGCUUAUGA